AUAAGUGCGCUAGUGCUCUGCCACACUUUCUCAAACCUUCGCCCUUACACCCUCCGCUCCGCAUACUUCGUUCCUGCUCCUUCGUUCAUUGUUCCAUACGUCCCUCCAAACGAUUUCUGGCAGUUCAAUAGUCUGAGCGAUACGCUUCCUUUCUUUGCCUUGAUCGUUUGUGUACGAACUCAAACAACGGCGGCCAAACCAUGAUCCGACCACGGGAAAGCCGAUGGUGAACUGGCAAAGCAGGUUAAUAAACAGCGAUGGUUGUUAUGGUGACAUGGCGACUAAGAGCAUCGAGGCUUCUUCACUUUGGGUGUUAACUGCAAACGUAGUCAACAUUGUGUCAUCAUCUCCUGCACCAAAUCUGAUUUACAAAUACUACAAACAUGUUGGCUCCUAUGUAAAAUGUCUUCCUAGUGUUGGUGGUUUGCUUGGAUCUGUUAUUUACAGUCACUCUCAAGCUAGAUGGAGUAGUGCAAAGGCAUCUGAUGAUUCAAGCACCUGUGAAAGAGGAUUCAAAGGUCAUGAUAUGUUAGCACCCUUUACUGCCGGAUGGCAGACCACCGAUCUGGAUCCCUUAGUAAUAGAAAAGUCUGAGGGUUCAUAUGUCUAUGAUGUGAAUGGGAAGAAGUAUCUUGAUUCCCUUGCAGGUUUAUGGUGCACAGCUUUAGGGGGAAAUGAACCCCGACUUGUUGAUGCUGCUACGAAACAGCUGAAUACUUUGCCAUUUUAUCACUCAUUUUGGAACCGUACAACAAGGCCUUCAUUGGACCUUGCCAAGGAGCUUCAAGAGACAUUUACUGCAAAAAGAAUGGCAAAAGUUUUUUUCACCAAUAGUGGAUCUGAAGCAAAUGAUACACAGGUGAAGCUGGUAUGGUAUUACAACAAUGCACUUGGAAGGCCAAACAAGAAAAAGUUCAUUGCUCGUGCAAAAUCAUAUCAUGGAUCGACACUCAUCUCAGCAAGUCUUUCUGGCCUUCCAGCACUACAUCAAAAUUUUGAUCUGCCUGCACCAUUUGUAUUGCACACUGACUGUCCUCAUUAUUGGCGCUAUCAUCUCCCAGAUGAGACGGAGGAGGAAUUUUCAACUAGGUUGGCAAAUAACUUGGAAAAUCUUAUCCUCAAAGAAGGACCCGACACAAUAGCUGCUUUCAUUGCCGAGCCUGUCAUGGGAGCAGGCGGUGUUAUUCCGCCACCAGCUGCUUAUUUUGAUAAGGUUCAAGCUGUAGUUAAAAAGUAUGACAUUCUUUUCAUUGCGGAUGAGGUGAUAUGUGCAUUUGGCAGGCUUGGGACAAGAUUUGGCUGUGACAAAUAUAAUAUCAAACCCGAUCUUGUCUCCAUAGCUAAGGCUCUUUCUUCUGCAUAUAUGCCAAUUGGGGCUGUCCUAGUGAGCCCUGAAAUCAACGAAGUCAUUCAUUCCCAGAGCAGUAAAUUAGGCUCUUUUUCCCAUGGUUUUACUUAUUCUGGGCACCCGGUGGCUUGUGCUGUCGCAUUGGAGUCACUAAAGAUCUACAAGGAGAGAAAUAUUGUUGAUCAAGUUAACAGAAUAGCUCCUAAAUUCCAAGACGGUAUAAAAGCAUUUUCAGACAGCCCAAUCAUUGGAGAGAUACGGGGGCUUGGCUUGAUCCUCGGAACAGAGUUUACUGACAACAAGUCUCCCAAUGAUCCUUUCCCUUCUGAAUGGGGUGUUGGUGCUUAUUUUGGAGCUCAGUGUCAAAAGAAUGGGAUGCUCGUCCGUGUAGCCGGUGACAACAUAAUGAUGUCUCCUCCAUUUAUUAUGACUCACGAAGAAGUUGACGAGUUGAUUAGUAUAUAUGGCAAGGCAUUGAGGGAGACUGAAAAGCGAGUAGAAGAACUCAAAUCUCAGAAGUGAAGUGUGAUGAGGACGAAAGAUUAAUUCCAUUUAUAGCAGUGCAGUAAUUUAAAUAAGGCUGCUAAGGAAAUAAGAGACACGAUCAGCUUCGUUAUUCAAUGUGUUCUUGUUACUUUCCGGGGUUGUUGAUACUCACCAAUUCCGAAACACAUAUUGCUCAACUUUUCAAUUUAUUACAACUUUAUCAAAUACCCGACUAAUUAUUCAUAUUAUACUAUUAUUAUAACCGUCAUUUUAUUUUCACAUAUCUAACAAAAAUUGAUAACAUUUAUACCAUCAUUUUAUUCUUUCAUGGAUUUUAAUAAUCCCACCGGCGCUUCCAAAA